AUGGCUUCCAACAACCUCAUACCCUCUUGGAUCGCAAGCCUCGUCGAGCGCUGUCUAGGUUUCUACAUUGACCAGACAUCGGGCAGUGGGAUUGAAGUGGAGGACAAUGGGGCUUGUCUGAGCUUUCGCAUCAAUCAGCCUUCAUGCAUGGCGCUCGUUGCAGAGUGGAGCAUAGGACCUACUGGCGACGGCACCGUGUUGUUGAUAGAUGCGAAUAACCAAAUCUCUGGAACUAUAUCGAAUGAAUCCUUGAUCGUAUCCAACCCUGUCUCUUCGGCCUCCAAAUCCCCCCAGAAACGCUGCAUCGAACUUCUGGACUUCACGCUAGUCGUCACAUACUCAGACCCCUCUCCCGACGUCCGCUUAUGUAUCAACCGCUGUCGCAUUGACUGGCAGGGGAAAGAGCACAGUUUUACGCCCAAAAAGAAACUGAAAAAGAUUAAUACGAUCAAGAAGCUAUUGGAUAAAGUUCUUCAAAGAGUUCGAGACUCCCGAAAAACGCGCCAACUUGUUGCACAUGAUACUCCUUCAGCCAAGCCCAUGCGGUCUGAAGUUGAAGCAAGCAUUCACCAAAGCAGCUCGGUGAACAACGAUGGAUCCCAGCUUUUCUCUCAGGUACCAGCCAGCCAGCAUGGCCCAUUGGAAGGCAACCCUAAGCCCAAAUCCUUCUUGAAAACCGCCGGAGACUCGCUACUCCGUCACCUGAACCCCUUUUCAGCUAUUUCAGUCAGUGGGAUAUUAUCGCCAAAUCAACCCUCGGAUAGUUCGAAUGGGUUAACAGCGCCUGGGAAGACAACACAUGAAAUUUUCGAUCAUACGACCUUGAAGAGCACGCGUCGAGCUUCAAUUGAGUCACAGACUGGAAAUGAUACUGUUGGUGAUAUCACUCGCAUCAACCCUCCUGACCUGAACUCUGAAGAAUUGGAGACUUCCCCCAGAAGGAAGCCACAAAAAGAUCUUCCUUCAAAGGAAAUUGAUAAACCAGCAGAGCUUGGUUCCGAAAGUAAUGCCGCAAUUGAAAUUGAAACUCACACAGCCGGUAGAUCUUCUCCACGGAAGCGUCGGCGUCGGAGCCCCAGCAAUGCGCCAGCAUCCGAUCUCAGCGAAAAAGUGGUCGAACAGUCGAUCGAUGGCCAUCCAUCUCCGAAAAGGCAGAAGACACAUACUGCCCAGGACGACCCCACUGAUCCAUCUCAUGCUGAGCCUUCAACGACCAAUGCGACAGAGGCUACUAAUCAGAGAGAUGGGAGUCUUCAUGCUCUUGCGAAUCCCUCGCCUGCUACCAAAUCAAGCCGGGUCAAUCCAUGGAAGUGGCGGGGCGAUAUUCCGCCACACGAGAUCCAUAUUGAACAUGAGCAAAAGGAACUACUUGAGAGCCACAGAAUACGAUGGAUUCCAUCUGCAAUUGGCGACCUUUCUUUCCAAGGACAUGUGCCGCCCUCGCUUCUGAGGCAGUGGAAUAGCAUUGUCGAGCGAAGACACCAAUCAGUUGAAAAGGACAACGCAAGCCCAGCGCGGCAUGUGACUCCUCUUCGAGACUCUUCCUCGUCUUCCGAAUCGGACGAAGAAGAGCUUCCCUGGUCUGCGACCCCAUCCCCGAACUGGCGGGCACUUCGACGCCUACCUGCCGACAGCAGUCCUUUGAAAGGAAGGACUCCAGAAAGGCGACAGCCGCCUUCGGGUGAAGUAGAAAAGGAAGCAAAUCAAGUCGAAUCUAGCCAGCGCUUCAACGUAGCGAAUCAUACGAUCCAGCCAGAGGUCGUCGAAAAUGACGUUUCGCAACCCUCUCGUGAGAUAUCAGCGUCCGGCUCUUCUACUCAAGUCGGAAAUGAUGAUAGUGGCAGAGUAGCUGGUAUUGCUUCGACACAGAAUGCUCGAAGUGAGUUGGGUGAUGAGAACGAAAAGCGCCCGCCGAGGGUAUCUGGCAGGGUGCCUGCAGCGUCAAACCCGGCCCAACAUCAUAUUGCAGAAGAGGGAAGAUCGCCUCCAGCUGCUGUAAAUGGCCCACAUGCUUCUGCCGAACACCUUGAUGCUCAUGAUUCAGGCGGCGAGAGUGAUGAUUCAAUGAUGGAUACUUCGCUUCCUACAGCAUUAGGUGGAGGCUUUCCAGAACCUUCGCAAAAUACACAGCAUGAGCAGGAACCUACAAGCUCGGGUCAUUCACUUCCAUCAGCAAACGCCGGGUGCGUGCAGGUUUUCGAAACCCCCGCGGUAAACAAUGACCUGUUGCCUCCCGUUCAAGCAACAAAAGAACCUGGCAACCCCAACGUCGCAGAUGAAACAUCGUCUUCCAACCAGCAUAACAAGAGUUCCUCGCAAUCUCGGGUUCUUAAUACCUACCCUGUUCAUGGAAGCCACGAACAAACCCAGUCUUCGAACGGGGAACCUCAUUCCCCUAUUUCUUCUAAGGGGUCUGUCCAAGUCAAAAGAACCCAACCACAACCAGACAAUCAAAACCAGUCGGCUCAUGAGGGUACUCAAAACCAAACACAACCGGAGGUUGUGCUUGAUUCAUCAGGACCGGUUCAGCGUCAUCAGGAUAUCCCCCAGUCCGAGUCAAAAUCUACCACUGAGUCAUCCUCCCAUCAAAUUACAGCUUCUCAUCACCCAGAAGCAUCGCAGCCCAUGCAGCCCACUCAAGACUCUAUGGCAGGCCUUUCUUCUCUCGGCCCCUCCGUGGGCUCGCAGAUCUCCCCUCUCGCGCGAUUCAUGCCAGCAGAAAACGACGACUCCUCGCCAUCCAAAGCGCCCAGAGAACCAUCGACUGGACCCACGGAUUCCAGCCAAGCUUCACUCUUGCCCCAAAGUGCUGAGCUGAUUACUCGCCGUCUGGGAUAUAUCAACAACCCGAUGCAUUUUCUCGAAGCGCACGGGGUCUAUGAAAUAUUCCGGACCCAAUACCUUCCACACUACACAGGAGACUUCGCUCAUUUUGUAGAGCUUUGCUCAAAACUACGAGCCACCAGGUCCCGGGGCCAGUUGCAACGGUCAUUUCUCUGGGAUGAUUUUAUUAUCAUGCAUCUCACCCAGUUUCCACUUCACGUCGAACAAUACCCGUCCCAGGAGACAAACCCAUUGAGCUACGAGGAAUACUUUUUAUUGCACCACUCCCAACCAGUCCACAAGAAGCGCUGCUUGACACUUCCUGCCAUCGAUAUAGCUGCAUCCCAAACUUUCCCAGCCGAGAUGGCUUCCCAGGUUAUCAGCGACCACCAGUCUCCCCCAGAUCCGCCGGCUACCCAGAACGAGAAUCUGGGGCAAUCUUUCACUGCAAGCCUAGUCAACCAGUUCUCAAAGUUCACCGCGCAUUCUUUUAGCGACAUUUCGCCAAGUGGGCUUCCCUCGGUGGAUAUCGGUGCUAGAUUUAUGGAACAACCCUCGCGUGAGCCAUCUGUUAAGAUCAAGAUGGAGCAUUCUGAAGAACCAUCUGAAUGGGUGUAUACGCAGGCACUUCCGUUGAGCAGCUACGAGAACCCGGGGGCCCACACUAUCGUGAAGCACGAUCCAGAUACUGAAAAUUUUCUAUCACUUGGUUCGUGUAUCGCCAACACGCAAGAGACAAAUGAUAUCGUCAUGGAAGAUGCUAGGGAAAUGCCGUCCGGUGAAGAAAAUGAGGAAGAAGAAGAAGCAGCAGCAGCAGCAGCAGCAGCAGAAGAAGUGGAAGACGAUAGGAAGGAGGAAGAGAAAUCCGACGAUGACGAGGUCGACGAUGACGAGGUCGACGAUGACGAGGAAGCCGACGAUGACGACCCCUGUCACGAAACAGCCAGCGUCGAAUUAGGCGAUGAAACAUUCACUUCGAAGCCUGAGGCGUCUACAAAUGGGCACGCCGACACUGAUUUAGCCUCCGAAGCGGAGAGCGACGAGGAAAAUUGGUUCUUAGCACUCCGGCGUUCAAAGAUUCCCGUACCAAACUGGUCCGACGAUCCGGACACGCCAUUCAAGCGCUGGGCUGAAGCAGACCAGAAUAUCCUAAGCGAACGACGACGGCGCGGAGGAACUAAAAUCCUCCUUGAUGCGAAAGGGGUAGUUCAACGGCCUAUUCAUCGUUGA